AUGAUGGAUUCAGCUGGUGCAAGCAGCAAAAGAAGCGAUGAGAAGUCAUUGGAAUCGGGAGGCCACAACCACAAAAAUCACUUCUUUCAUCUGGUUUUAAGGAUUAGCUUGCUAUUCCUAGCGGUUGUUCCAGCAUGUCUGGUUCUUUAUCACUCUCUCAAUUCUUUCCAAUUCUUCCCCAACUCCUUGUACAACCCAUCAGCCUCUUCUCAAGACUCUGCUCGUGGAAUCAUAUCUUCUCUG